AUGGUUUAUUCAAAAACGAACCCUGCCAAUAAGCUCAAGGAUAUAGAUAGCUACUGGCCAGCCGCAUGCCACCGAUAUAACACCCGGUUAUCAGCAAAACUGCUGCGCACUCCAUCAAACUCGCGGGUGUUUGAUGAAUUAGAAGGAAGCUCUGUGUUUUCCUCGAGUGUUGCCAGCGACGACACCUCACCGGCACGGUUGGACAUCGAAACACUCGAUAUGUUUGCGAGGGUACGAAUCGGUAUCGCAGACAGGGUAAUUUGCGAUCAGAGAAGCGAAAGACGACGAGAAACGGUCACCAGGGUAAUGGGAUGGGCUUUAGUCGUAGUAGUGUUGGGGUGGUACGUGAACCACGUAAGGUACCAAGUAACGCAUCUCAGUAACGACGUAGAAAACUUAAAAAUAAGCGUUAAGGAACUGCUCGACGCACGGAUGGAUAUUCUAUAUAAAGUUCACAAAAUCGCCGAAACGCAAGAAAACCUGAGGACGAGCACGCAGCUUCUCGUACAGCGCGAAAUCGAGAAACUCUACUCCGACAAAACCGGAAAAACCGAUUUUGCUCUCGAGUCGGCAGGUGGGAGCAUCGUGCAAGUAACGGCCGGUACGGAAAAUUACGGGCAACCCAAAAACUCGCUGCUGGGCAUAUCGUUGUGCGAGGGCGUUCACGGACCAAGGUCCAUGAUCCAGACCGGAUCGUCACCCGGAGAAUGCUGGGCGCUGAAGGGAUCCAGUGGCGGCGCAAUUAUCAAACUCCUGGGCAGCGUCAGAGUGGACGCCGUCAGCAUGGAGCACAUAUCCAAGACCAUAUCGCCGUCGGGUGACUCUAGUACCGCCCCUAAAGAUUUCGCAGUUUGGGGUUUGAAGGCUCCCGGUGAUCGGGGUCAGCUCCUAGGUCAGUUUGUUUACGAUACGGAUGGCCCGCUGGUCCAGACGUUUGACCUUCCGCGUUCCGCAGUAAAAAUCUUCGAAUACAUCGAGCUCAGAAUACUGAGCAACCACGGCAAUCCGGACUUCACUUGCGUGUAUAGGUUUAGGGUCCACGGGAGAUUGGAAAGCGGUAGACCGUAGUUUUGCGUAAAAACGGACUUAAUUGUUGCGUAGCUUAUUUAUUUUUGUAAAGUUUACAUUGACUUUUAACAAUAAAUUUAUUCUUAGUAAUUAUAUUG